CGAUUUCGUGAAUUCUCAUCGCGAGUUAGUUGGCCUGUCGUCAUCAGCUAGAGUGCAAUUGCGAAUCUAGUUGCGCCGGAAGUGCAAAGUAUCAUCAUCAUUUGAUUCUGCGAUCCCGAUCUUCCGGGAUCUUAAUUUUGUACGCGCCGCUAAUCGAAGUAAAGUUUCAAGAUUCGAUAAUCGUUAAUGAGAUUUCACUUCCGUUAAAGUUCGAACGAAUUGACCGUCUCGAUUCGCUGUCUAAGACACCGGGAUGAUUAAUGACACCUAAUAUUUUCCGGAACAACGUCCAACAAUCGAAAGAUCCGAUCUAUUUCGCGAAUCUACGCCCACCCGGUCGCCAUUAGAGUCACUCGCGUGCUUUAUUGCUAUAAUACCGAAAGAUCCCGCGGAUUCCACGCAGAAAUGCCGCGGAUGCCGUCCGAUAACGCUCCCCAGGCACGAACGGUCGCGCCCUACCAAUAGAUGAUUGAUAUGUUUGCCGUCUGUGUAUGUGCCGUUUCUUUUUCUGCGUCGAAUCGCGGACGCAUUCGAACCGGUAAAGCGUGACUCCGGUACAUGACAUGGAUGGAUACAAUAAUGGCUGGUACCAUCAUCAUCAUCAUCAACAUCAUCAUGAUCAUCAUCAACACCCACAGCAGCAGCAGCAACAGCAACACCAGCAACAUCCAUACCAACAGCAGCAACAACCGUACUAUGGGCAUCACCAUCAAUACCAAAGCCAACAUCAUCAGUACUCGCAGCAGUACUCACCGAAUUAUCUCUAUCGAUUUUCCCUUCAGCGACAUGAACAGCCGCAUAUCGAUGAGCGUGUAGGGGUUGCGAGAGUGAGCUGAGACAGGCAACAGAGCAGACAGAGAAGAGAAACGAGGACACAGAAACGAAGACGACGAUAAAGGGGCAGAUACAGAAUCCCAUCUCCACGAACCGAGCGAAUUCUGCGUCCACCGUCGACCCGAAUACGACGAGGCGUGCCUUAUCUGACAGGUAGAUACCAGCCAGAGUUAUGUGUUACCUACCUACGCCAAAUUAUCUUCCCGCCCUUUCGGCUUCCAUCUCUCGCGAGAGCGUGUACACGAGGUUACGAUCUGUGUAGCAGAAUGUUAAUCUUUAAAUGUUGUCCAACAUUUGUUAGAAAACGAGCUAUUGUCCGAGAUUCCUCCCCUAAAAGUGUUCACUCUGAAUUUCUUGCAGUGAAAUCUCGCUCCAAGAGAGUGAAAAAUACAACCACCCUUGAAAGAAAGUGAAAUAUUUAAUAAGAUUUCACUGCAAGAUAUUUCGAGUGUUGGUUCUCUUAGAGAAUAAUUA